UGUCAGAACUGCAGUGACAAUCUGAGGAGGCAAUAUCUCUCCCUGGGCUUUCCUUGUCUAGAGGCGUCUCUGGAAGCAGCAUACGAUUACUUUGCUGUGGUGUGGUGUUUCCAUGGUUUCUUGUGGUUUGGUAAAACAUUCCAGGAUAUGUGGAUGUAAAUACAACUAAGAAAUAUGAACGGGGACAACAAGAGUAGAUGUUUCUCAGAAAGUCUGAUCCUAGAUGACUCUGAGAAAGGAGUCGUCAUUACUGGAAUCACAGAUGACACACUCGCUGCAAGGAGUGGCUUAAAAGCAGGGGAUAAGAUUUCUGCAGCCACUAUACACCUAGACCACCUCAACAAAAAUGAAGUGCUGAAGAUCCUGAAGGUCCUGGAGCCAUAUGAUAGCAACAUAAAGGUUCUGACAAAGAAGCAGCUGGGCGCCAGUGCUGGUCUUGGCUCCUUUGGAUUAGGUCUCAAAGACCCGACAAAGAUGCUCAACUUAAAAAAGGAUCUGUCACUGGAUGCAUCAGCUGAGGCACCCGUUGUUUCCCUUGAUGGCCUAAGAGGAAAGCUAAAUACUGCACAGGGCUUGGGGGGUGAACUAGGUGGUCCCACUCUCAAUGGAGACCUUCCCAGUUUCAGUCUAAAUAAGCCCUCAGCUGAUGCCGGUGCCAAGUUCAAAAUGCCCUCACUGGGACUGACUGGACCAGAUGUAAAAGGAGACCUAGAUGGCACCCUCAAAGCACCUAAUGUCAGUGUCUCAACUCCCAAGCUCAACACCCCCAGUGCCUCACUCGACAUCGAGAAACCAGGAAUCAAGACAGGCAACCUGAAAUACAAGGCCCCAAAAUUCUCAAUGCCAAACUUCAAUCUCCCUCAAAUUAACACACCAAAAGCAGACAUGGAUGUUUCUGGUGAUUUCGAUCUCCCUUCCGUCAGUGGAAAUCUAGAGACACCAAAUCUCAAUCUGUCAGCCCCAAAAUUAGAUGUUAAAAGUCCAGAUUUGGACCUGAAUGGGCCAAAAGUGGAUUUGAAUGGUCCUGACAAAACCAAUUGGCCCAAUCUGAAAUGGAAAGGUCCCAAAGUUAAAGGACCAGAUGCCGACUUCAAUGCUGACCUGUCUGCACCUGAUUUCAACCUCACCACACCAAAGAUCGAUGGGGAUCUAAGUGCACCAGAUGUUGACAUCAACUUUCCCAAAGCUGACAUCAAAAGCCCUGAUCUAGAUGUUCAAACCCCAAAUCUCAAUGGGGACAAUGAUACCCGAUCUGGUAUCAACUGGCCUCAUUUUAAAUGGAAAAAACCCAAACUUCAUGGCCCAAAAGCUGAUCUGGACUUAGAUGCAAACCUGAACACACCAUAUGUAGAUCCCUCUCUUCCAAAAGUGGAGGGUGUUGACAUUAAUUUGCCAAAGGCUGAGCUAGACAUGCAAACCCCAAACAUUGAUGUAGAGCCUACAUCUGGUAAAAUCAACUGGCCUCACCGGAAAUGGAAGAAGUCCAAACUUCACGGUCCAAAAGCAGACUUAGACAUAGAUGCAGACCUAAACACACCCAAUUUAAAUUUCUCAACUCCAAAGAUUGAGGGUGACAUUAAUGUACCGAAUACUGAGCUGAAUCUCCCAAAAGUUGACCUCAACAGUCCCAAUGUAGACUUUCAGGCCCCAGAUCUUGACAUUGAUAAGAAAAUUAACUGGCCUCAUCUGAAGUGGAAAAAACCCAAACUUCAUGGCCCCAAUGCUGAUGUGGACCUUACUGCAGAUCUGAGCUCACCAGAUGUGGAUCUCUCGGUUCCUAGAAUUGAUGGGGAAAUAAGCACACCAGAUGUUGAUCUGAAUUUACCCAAAGCUGAUAUUGAUGCUGGCAAAAUCAGGUUCCCAACACUCAAAAAACCCAAGUUUCUGCUUUCUGGGCCAAAAGUGAAAAGCCCAGAUGUUGACCUCGAUGCUGAUGUAAAAUCACCUGACUUCAAUCUCUUUCCUAAAGCAUCACUUGAUGGACCCGAUGUUGAUAUGAAUUUACCCAGAGCUGAUGUUAAUGUUAAAGCACCAAAUGUAGACAUUGAGGGCCAAUCUGGGAACUUCAAAUGGCCUACUAUAAAAAAGCCAAAGUGGUCAGUCUCAGGUCCUAAGAUUGAUGGUCCAGAUGCAAAUCUAGAUGCCAAUGUUUCAGCCCCUGACUUGAGUCUCAAAGCUCCAAAGAUUGAUGGUGAGAUAAAUGCACCAGAUGUUAAUCUAAACUUACCCAAAGCUGAUCUGAAAGGCCAGGAGUUAGACAUCAAUGCUCCAGAUUUUGACGAUUCUGGAAAAUUGAAAUGGUUCAACUUCAAGAAACCCACAUUUGGUACACUGAAGGGUCCAAAGGGUAACAUUGAUGCUGAUGUGAAGGUACCAGGCAUGGACCUCAAGGCAGUUGAUAUGGAUCUUAAUGGUCUAGAUAUCAACCCAGACAUUCACUUACCUAAAGGCAAUGUGGUUGCACCUAAUGUAGGCCUCAAAGCAUCAGAUCUCAACUUGUCUGCACCAAAAAUGGGUUUUGAUGCACCAGAUCUUGACAUUGAUGUACCAAAGGCUGAUCUGAGAGGUCCUGACAUAGACCUUCAAACUCCAGAGGUUGAUGCCUCAGCUGGAAAAUUAAAGCUACCCAAAAUAAAUCUUCCAAAGUUUGGCUGGUCAGGGCCAAGAGUAAAAGAACCUAAUCUCAAUGUCGAUGCUGACAAUGUCAAUCUUCCUGAUGUAAAUCUUAAAUUGCCAACAGCUGAUGUCAAAGCACCUAACUUGAAUCUUUCUACUAUUAAAGGAGAUCUCAGUACUCCAGAUCUAGAUCUUGAUGCUGAUCUUAAGACAGGUAUUGACCUUUCUGCCCCCAACACAAACAUCAGUGUACCAGACCUCAACCUUUCUACCCUGAAUACUAAGGGUCCACGUGUCAACCUUAAUUUGCCCAAAGCUGAUGUAACAGGACCCAGGUUGGAUCUACCAAAAGCAGACCUCCAGGUACCUGAUCUCAACUGGAAAGCAUCAGAUCUCAGCCUGUCUUCACCAAAGACCAAAGCACCUGUCACACUGAAAGCUCCAAACAUGGAUAUCAACCUGCCAAAAGCAGACCUCAAAGGACCUGACGCGCAGUUAAAAACACCAGAUCUAGAUAUUGAUUCACAUCUGGGUGACUUCAAGUUUCCUCAUUUGAAGCUUCCUAAACUUGGUCUUUCAAGUCCUGAAUUUCCCAGUGUUCAUCCUUCAGUGGAGGCUGGAAUCAAGGCACCUGAAGUGAAGACAAGCCUAGACACACCUGAACUGGAUAUCACAGCAGCCGAAGCAGAUGCUGAAGUUAAAGGUUCCCCAAAAAGUAAGUCAAGACGGCCCUUCAAAUGGGGAUUAAAGUCUGGUUCAGUAACCAAUGAAGAAGGAAGUGAUGAUGACUCUGAAACUGAUGUGUCUAAUGCUGAGGUGGACAUUGCUGUAUUCAAAGUCCACAAACUACCCAGGAACAGCAUUGAUGGUAUGGGAGGAAUUGAGGAUAUUUUAAGCUUAUCAAAACUUGACACAGAGGCAAAAGAUUAUGUCGUCAGCAAAGGGAUCCGCUUGCCAAUGGUAAAUGCUUCAACAAAAACAGGAGGAAAGAUUGACAUCAUGGAGAGACUGAAAAAGGCAAAGGAAAAAACACACUCAGCUAACGACUCACCAACUGAAGCGAAAAGAGAUAACGAUCUGAAGCUCUCUGCCCCCAGACUUGAUGUCAGCACCUCUACAGAUGCAGAUUCUUCUUUGGUGAGAGGAGGUACUUUCAAAGUGGAAAAGCCAGAGUCUGUACUGGGCCUGGUUGCCCCUGAACGUUCGCCAUCAGAUGAAAAUGAAAAAUUGUCAUUGAGCCUCUCCAAUAUGCUUGGCCUUAAUAUCAAGGAUUGAGAUGCUGACAGAUUCCUGUUAGGCUUGCCUGAUAAGUAAAGCUUCAGCCCGGAAACAUUGUAAAUACAUGUAACUUAACCAAUUAUUUGCCUUAGUUUGUGACCAUUACAUAUAUUAACUGUUUAAUUUACUCUUGCACAGUUUUCUGCAAGUAAUGAUAGCUACCAGUAAUGCGUCGGUCAGCCAGCGUUCUUUAUUACCAGCACCCAUCGGACCCGUUACGAGAGCCAAUUUGCACCGCCCUACCUGACCCGCAAACCGGGAACUUUAUAUAUUAUAGUAGCCUAGCACAAUUGUUAGGACUGAGGUCUGAGACAAGGACAGAGACAAGCGGACAUGAGCACUGCAGUUUGUGGUGUGUGUCUGUGUUUGAGAGUGCGAGAAAGAGAGGGGAAGAAGAUAACUUAGACUAUUUUCUAAGUUAUUAAUACCUUACUUAGAACACUCCUUUCUCAGUUUUUAUACCCACCAGCCUGAACUCAUGAUAUUUUCUAAUAAGCUUGGCCCGAACUCUCCCGACCCGCGGGUCGACCCACGCAUCACUACCAGCUACACUAUCCGUCUUGUAUCGAUACGUAAGUAUCGAACGUUGGGUAGCAAAGUGAAAAAACAUGUUAUAAACUGUAUAUUCUUGUUAUUUAUAUAAGAUUUUUUUCCCCCAACAUUGUUGAUUUGGAAGUAAGUUACUUAUUACAUAACUGCCUCAGUAUUGCAUGUGAUCACAUUAAGCUGUUUAAGUUUCUAAGAAGUGCAUUACUUUACCUUAAAAAUCUUUACUUGAUAAGAGAAUUGGGUGAAUGUUUUUGUGGAUAUUUUUGUUCAAUAAAUAACUCAACUGAUUCAACAUGCCUGUGAUUCUUUCCCAACAUUUUUUUAAUAAUAAAACUGAUGAUUUGUUGGUUUGUAUGCAAAGUAAAUUAAUUUAUGAAAAUUAAUAAUGUCAGGCCGAGGGGCAGAUCCAGGACUCAAUCGCAGAUAAGACACAAGAGACGAGGUGAAGUUCAAACUCAGGAAUCUUUACUUGAAAAAAGGUCAAAAACAAACUUAAAGCGACUCCAACGGAGCGGGCAAAAAUAUCCAAAAACAAAAGAAGGGCAAAG